UAUUUUUUGAAAUUCCAUAUUACCCACUCAAAAUGCAAAUGGAGUCAACUACCGAAGUCGCCAUUCCAGCCACCAUGUCGCCUGAAUUAAGAAUCGGCCUAACCUUUAUCUGCUUCUGCUUCUACUUUUUAUGAGCAAUGGCUUCAUUUAGAUAUGGACCUAAGCCAAUGAGGCUGGAGAAGGGGAAAUGGGUGACGAUGAAGAAACCUGAUCAUGACAUGCACUAUCUUGAAUGGGUGUCGAUAGUGCAUGGAGUGAGCUGAAUUCUGAUCGGGGGAUAUAUCUCGUAUUAUUAUGGGUUCCGGUAUAACAGAAAGACGCUUUAUAGCCAAUAUUUUAUGGCUGCUAAUUCAUUUGGAUAUUUUAUGUAUGAUACUAUUGCUGAAUGGUACUUUGGGACGUUUGAUUUAGGGAUGAUCGCCCAUCAUAUCGCUUCGAUGGCUGCAAUAGUCUUUAUUUUAUUCGAACAAUAUGGGGGUUGUGCUAUGAUGACCGGGCUCUAUUAUGCAGAAAUGUCUGGGCCGUGCUUUAUCUUUCGAUGUGCAUUUAAAAGACAGAAUCUAGAGUCUACAAGAAAAUACCUUUAUGUUGUUACUUUAUACUCAAUUUGAUACUUUUUCUCGAGAGGUGUAGGAUAUACUACCGCUUUAUAUCCUAUUGCCGGAGCUCUAAAAAUUCCUUUCUACUUGAAAUGAAUUUUCAUCCCCUCACUUCUCAUUUCAUACAUAUGGUUAAUACUAAUAAUCUCGAUGUUGUGGAAAACCCUCCCAAAUUGGUCACAAAAUCCAAAAGAGAUAGAAAACUCUCGCUGGUGGAUUUCAGGGAGGAAAUUUUUCAAUAAAUACACUAAGGACUCACCUUGGGUGUAUGUAACAAUCCUAUUUAUGGCAAUUGUAUUCUGUAUUAUGCCUCUGAGCUAUGCUUACAUUGCUAAUAAUGUUGACCCAUCAUGGGGGUAUACAGAAGUGUAUGAAUAAUUAUCAAAAAUUAGGAAACAAGAGACAACUUUUGCGUACGUUAAAACUUAAAAACAAUUUU